AGAGUAGGUAUUUGAUCAUCGACAUCGUGCAACUGUGUCCUUAUUACUGCUCUUAACUCAACGACGCCGCAUCCAACGAUUUCUUAGGCAUUCAGCCAUUUUUUCCAUUCUUCUGACAGCAUCUGCAAAACCCUAGUUUGCCGAAUUAGCACCUUAAAGAACAGAGGACAACACAAGAAUGUCAUCGACCUUGUUGGAGGUGACGCGUGCAUCGCACGAGGAGGUGGAACGGUUAGAAAGGCUUAUCGUCAAGGAUCUCCAGACGGAACCGCCUACCGCCAGGGACCGCCUUUACCAGAGCCACCGCGUUCGCAAUAUGAUCGAACAAAUUACUGAAACCACUAACAAACUUGUUGAGAUUUAUGAAGAUAAAGACAAUGCGAGGAAGGAUGAGAUUGCGGCGCUUGGUGGCCAGACUGCGACUGGGACUAACGUUUUCAGUGCAUUCUAUGAUAGAUUAAAAGAGAUUCGCGAAUACCAUAGACGGCAUCCUGCUGCCCGUGUUAUAGAUGCCAAUGAUGAGUAUGAACAGAUUCUCAGAGAAGAGCCUCAAAUUGAGUUUAGCGGGGAGGAAGCUUCGGGACGAUACCUUGAUUUGCACGAGUUGUACAAUGAUUAUCUUAACUCUAAAUUUGGAGAGAGAAUUGAAUACACUGCUUAUCUUGAUGUUUUUUCACAGCCACAUAAGAUUCCUCAGAAGCUCAAGUUUAUGAGGCAAUACAUGGAAUAUUUGCAGAAACUAUUAGAGUACCUUGUGUAUUUUUUUGAGCGAACGGAACCUUUGCAAGAUCUUGGCAGAAUAUUCUCGAAGGUUACUACAGAAUUUGAAGAGCAAUGGACAAGUGGCAAUGUAGAAGGAUGGGAGAAUGAGAGUCAAGAAAAUGGACACGCUUCAGACGAGCAUCCUGUGAUUGAUCUUGGGAAAUAUAGUACAGUUGAAGAGUUGAUCAGAGACAGCGAAGUGGGACCUGAGAAGUUAAAGAAGGCCUUGGCUGCACUGGGUCUGAAGACAGGAGGUACAGUUGAGGAGCGCGCAAAGAGGCUUUUCCUUACCAAGGAUAAGCCUCUUGAAGAGUUGGACAGGAAAAAUUUUGCCAAAGCUUUUCAUCAAUCAGAUCUGAAUGGUGUUCUUUCAACUCCACUGUCAGGUAAAGAUGCCAAAGAGAUUGCGCUGAUGGAAGCCAAAGUGAGCAAGCUCUGUGACUUGUUGGAUGAAAAUAUUGUACGGACAAAAGAAAAUGUAGUGAAAAAGCAGGCUUUGACAUACGAGGAAAUGGAAGCAGAACGUGAAGAGGAGGAGGUACAAGCAGAAUCUGAAAGUGAUGACGAGGAACAGCAGAUUUAUAAUCCACUCAAGCUGCCCAUGGGUUGGGAUGGGAAACCUAUACCAUACUGGUUGUAUAAACUUCACGGGCUUGGUCAGGAAUUCAAAUGUGAGAUUUGUGGGAAUUACAGCUACUGGGGUCGCAGAGCAUAUGAACGGCAUUUCAAGGAAUGGAGGCAUCAGCAUGGAAUGAGAUGCCUUGGUAUUCCAAAUACAAAAAAUUUCAAUGAGAUCACAUCAAUUGAGGAAGCUAAGCAACUUUGGGAGAGAAUCCAGCAAAGGCAGGGAUUGAACAAGUGGCGCCCUGAUCUUGAAGAAGAAUAUGAAGAUCAAGAGGGUAACAUCUACAACAAAAAGACAUACACCGAUCUGCAACGCCAGGGUCUUAUUUAGAUAACAUAAUUCUUCCAGGUUUUAGUUGAAAUCCUUGGAUCCUUUUUCAGAUGUAGAUGUAGAUUUGUUGAACUGUGGAUGCUUUUUAUUUUGAUCAUCACAUGGUCCAUCACUUUCAACUGAAGGGUGCUUUGGUGUCUCCAUUGCCAUUCUUAUCAAAGGCUUGUAUCUACAAGAUUGCGGGGACGGAAUGCUCUAGGUCUCCAGAAAGCUCUUCGAGGAAAUUGCGUUGCAGGUGCUAUCGGUACAUGAACAAGAAGCAUAGCUCGUCAAAAAAGGAUGCCGAGAGUCUUGUGGGCCUAUUAUGCCAAGUUAUCUUUGUGGUUCACUAUUGUUAGUAGGCUUGUCGCAAUUCCAUUGGAGCAACUAUAUCAUUAAAAUUCAUCUCUCUGUUUACGA